UGAAAGCUAGGGAGAAGAGCGGACAUUGCCCUUUCUGCAUUUCUGUUUUCAUUGCUUUGAACACUGACGGUGGAUAUAUUUGAGGAUUGAAGCCUUGUUUGAGCAGAACAGGGAAAAGUGGGGCUACAGCUUCUCUUAAAUAAAACGUGGGAACUCUUUACAGUCUGUGGAUAUCAGGGCAGUUAAUCCUUACAAGAAAGCCAGUUAAUUUCCUGCUGACUGGCUCUGAAGGCAGCAUCUUGGUUGCAUUGCUGAGAGAGGGCAGUGCCAGAAUGAUCUACUCCAAUAUACCAGUCAGGAUACCUGGAAAGCAGCAAUCCUAUGUCAGCCAGCAGAUGGCCCCACCAAGUCCCAGCAACAACAGCAGUAGCAACAGCAGCAGUGGGGGAGGGGAGCAGCUGAGCAAAACCAACUUGUAUAUUCGUGGACUUCAUCCGGGGACCACUGACAUGGACCUUGUCAAAAUGUGCCAGCCGUAUGGUAAAAUUGUUUCCACAAAAGCAAUUCUGGACAAGGCCACCAACAAAUGUAAAGGGUAUGGCUUUGUGGAUUUUGACAGUCCAGCUGCAGCUCAGAAAGCCGUGACAGCACUCAAAGCAAAUGGAGUCCAGGCUCAGAUGGCAAAGCAACAAGAACAGGACCCAACAAACCUUUAUAUCUCUAACCUUCCUGUGACGAUGGAUGAGCAAGAAUUGGAAGCAAUGCUAAAGCCUUUUGGACAAGUCAUCUCCACAAGAAUACUUCGGGAUGCCAAUGGGUCCAGCAGAGGAGUCGGGUUUGCAAGAAUGGAGUCAACAGAAAAAUGUGAAGCCAUCAUCUCACAUUUUAAUGGCAAAUACAUCAAGACACCACCAGGACUUCCAGCUCCUGCAGAGCCACUGUUAUGCAAAUUUGCAGAUGGUGGGCAAAAGAAGCGUCAGAAUCAGGGAAAGUACAUGCAGAAUGGCCGAGUGUGGUCCCGGGAAGGUGAAACAGGCGGCAUGACGUUGACCUAUGACCCAACCACAGCUUUACAGAAUGGAUUUUACUCACCUCAAUACAGUAUUGCAACAAACAGAAUGAUUACGCAAACGCCACUUUCUCCCUACAUCCCCUCUCCUGUUUCCUCCUAUCAGGUACAUAGUCCGUCAUGGAUGCAUCACCAAUCGUACCUCAUGCAGCCUGGAGCAGUGCUAACACCCACUAUCGAUCACACUAUGUCCAUCCAGCCAGCGUCAAUGAUGGGACCACUGACCCAACAGCUGAGCCAUCUUUCUAUCAGCAGCACAGGCACGUACAUGCCAGCUGCCACAGCUAUGCAAGGGACCUACAUUCCCCAGUAUGCCACGGUGCCUUCUUCCAACGUUCCUAUUGAGGAGACUGGAGCUCAGCAACAGCAAGUUACAGUGGAGACACCAUCAGAGCACGCAACUUACACAUACCAACACAGCAAAUAACUUUGAGAUCCAUCUCCAGCAACUACAACCAGGGAGCUAUUCGGAACAGCUAGCUCUGGAAAAGGACUUCAUAAUGUCAUGAUGGACUGAAAAAAAAGACAAAAUAAAAACAAAAGUUUUUCUUUCUUUUGAAAAGAAAACAUUUUAAUAGACUUUCUAUCAUAAGCAACCAAAGGAGGUGGAAAGUUAAAAAAAAAAAAAAAAAAAAAAAAACGGUGGAAAAGAAGUCUAUUUUGAUAACAGGAAAAAACAAAGAAAUUAUUUUUGUGAACAGGAGACAAUGCAAAGAAUAACAAAUUAUAAUUUAAAUUUCAUUCUGGGUGCCAGAAUGCAAAAGGAAAA